GGUCGAGCAGGAGAGAGCCUGCUCCCGAGUCUGUAGGAAGUCUGUCUUCUUGGGAAUUGGACCCCAAGGGCACUUAGGGUCGCUUCAGCCCUAAGCCUCUGUAUUCUCUUCUGUAAAAUGGGUUCUUCGUUGGACCUGGUGCUGCUUGACAACGCAUCCUGCCCAGGCCCCAGAGGACGUGCCCCCACGACAGGUGACCAUGGCCUUGCUGGGGAAGCACUGUGACGUCCCCACCAACGGCUGCAGGCCCGACCGCCAGAACACUGCCUUCGCCCGCAAAGACGAGAUCAUCACCAGCCUCGUGUCUGCCUUAGAUUCCAUGUGCUCAGCCCUCUCCAAGUUGAACGCGGAAGUGGCCUGCGUCGCCGUGCACGAGGAGAGCGCCUUCGUGGUGGGCACCGAGAAGGGGAGAAUGUUCCUGAAUGCACGGAAGGAGUUGCAGUCAGACUUCCUCAGGUUCUGCCGAGGGCCUCCGUGGAAGGAGCCGGAAGCAGAGCACCCCAAGAAGGUGCAGCGGGGUGAGGGUGGUGGCCGGAGCAUCCCACGGUCCUCCCUGGAGCAAGGCUCGGACGUGUACCUUCUGCGGAAGAUGGUAGAGGAGGUGUUUGAUGUUCUUUAUAGCGAGGCCCUGGGACAGGCCAGCGUGGUGCCGCUGCCGUACGAGAGGCUGCUCAAGGAGCCGGGGCUGCUGGCCGUGCAGGGGCUGCCCGAGGGCCUGGCCUUCCGGAGGCCGGCUGACUACGACCCCAAGGCCCUCAUGGCCAUCCUGGAGCACAGCCACCGCAUCCGCUUCAAGCUCAAGAGGCCGCUCGAGGAUGGCGGGCGGGAUUCGAAGGCCUUGCUUGAGCUGAACGGUGUCUCUCUGACAGCCAAGGGGUCGCGGGCCUGUAGCCUGCACGGCCAGGCCCCCAAGGUACCUCCCCAGGACCUGCCGCCCACCGCCACCUCCUCCGCCGUGGCCAGCUUCCUGUAUAGCACCGCACUCCCCAACCACACCGUCAGAGAGCUCAAGCAGGAGACGCCCACCGGACCUCUCACCCCCAGCGACCUGGGCCUGGGCCGCUCCGCACCCGAGCCCAAGGCCUCCGGUGUCCAGGACUUCCCCGACUGCUGUGGACAGAAGCCCCCGGGCACUGGGGGGCCUCUCAUUCAGAACGUCCACGCCUCCAAGCGCAUCCUCUUCUCCAUCGUCCAUGACAAGUCAGAGAAGUGGGACGCCUUCAUAAAGGAGACCGAGGACAUCAACACGCUCCGGGAGUGCGUGCAGAUCCUGUUCAACAGCAGAUAUGCGGAAGCCCUGGGCCUGGACCACAUGGUCCCCGUCCCCUACAGGAAGAUCGCCUGCGACCCGGAGGCCGUGGAGAUAGUGGGCAUCCCAGACAAGAUACCCUUCAAGCGCCCCUGCACUUACGGGGUUCCCAAGCUGAAGCGGAUCUUGGAGGAGCGGCACAGCAUCCACUUUAUCAUUAAGAGGAUGUUUGAUGAGCGAAUUUUCACAGGGAGCAAGUUUACCAAAGACCCCACGAAGCUGGAGCCAGCCAGCCCGCCGGAGGACGCGUCUGCCGAGGUCUCUCGUGCCACCGCCCUGGAGCUGGCCAGGACUGCUCGGUCAGAGAAGGGUGGCAUCUCUGAGGACUGCGGGCCAGGAACCUCCGGGGACCUGGGUGGGCUGCGGCCAAUCAAAAUUGAGCCGGAGGACUUGGACAUCAUCCAGGUGACCAUCCCAGUUUUGUCUCCAGACCCUUCACCAACCUCUGAGGAAAUGAUGGACUCGAUGCCUGGGCAUCUGCCCUCGGAGGAUUCCGGUUAUGGGAUGGAGAUGCUGACUGACAAAGGCCCUGGCGAGGACCUGCGGCCUGAGGAGAGGCCCGUGGAGGACAGCCACAGUGACGCAAUCCGACCCCUGCGGAAGCAGGUGGAGCUGCUCUUUAACACGCGAUAUGCCAAGGCCAUUGGCAUCUCGGAGCCCGUCAAGGUCCCUUACUCCAAGUUCCUGAUGUACCCGGAGGAGCUGUUUGUGGUGGGGCUGCCUGAAGGCAUCUCCCUCCGCAGGCCCAACUGCUUCGGGAUUGCCAAGCUCCGGAAGAUCCUGGAGGCCAGUGACAGCAUCCAGUUUGUCAUCAAGAGGCCCGAGCUGCUCACCGAGGGAGCCAAAGAGUCCGUCUCGGAAAGUCAAGAGAGGGAUUCUGGGGACCCACUCGCGGACGAGAGCCUGAAGAGACAGGGCUUUCAAGAAAAUUACGAUGCCCGAUUGUCACGGAUUGACAUCGCCAACACGCUGAGGGAGCAGGUCCAGGAUCUGUUCAAUAAGAAAUACGGGGAGGCCUUGGGCAUCAAGUACCCCGUCCAGGUCCCCUACAAGCGGAUCAAGAGUAACCCCGGCUCCGUCAUCAUCGAGGGGCUGCCCCCAGGAAUCCCGUUCCGAAAACCCUGUACCUUCGGCUCCCAGAACCUGGAGAGGAUCCUUGCAGUGGCCGACAGGAUCAAGUUCACGGUCACCAGGCCUUUCCAAGGACUCAUCCCAAAGCCCGAGCCUGUGUAUGGAGAGAUGGGAGCCCUGCAGCCUCGGCCCCUGCCCCGUCCCCACCCCAGGAGAUGCUGCCGCCGGCCUGGCGGGAAGGCCAGGGAGACCACACCGAGGGUGCUGGGAACCGAUGAAGAUGAUGCCAACAGACUAGGGGAGAAGGUGAUCCUCCGGGAGCAGGUGAAGGAGCUCUUCAAUGAGAAAUACGGUGAGGCUCUGGGCCUGAACCGGCCUGUGCUGGUCCCUUACAAACUAAUCCGGGACAGCCCAGAUGCUGUCGAGGUCACGGGCCUGCCCGACGACAUCCCUUUCCGGAACCCCAACACGUACGACAUCCACCGGCUGGAGAAGAUCCUGAAGGCCCGGGAGCACGUCCGCAUGGUCGUCAUCAACCAGCUUCAACCUUUUGCGGAAAUCUGCAAUGACGCCAAGGUGCCAGCCAAAGACAGCAGCAUUCCCAAGCGCAAGAGAAAGCGGGUCUCAGAAGGAAACUCCGUGUCCUCUUCCUCCUCGUCUUCCUCAUCCUCGUCCUCAAACCCCGAGUCCGUGGCAUCGGCCAACCAGAUCUCCCUCGUGCAAUGGCCGAUGUACAUGGUGGACUACGCCGGCCUGAACGUGCAGCUCCCGGGGCCACUCAACUACUAGACCUCCACGCUGAACCAGGACCUCACUCAGAAAGACUAAAGGAAAUGUAAUUUAUGUACAAAGUGUAUAUUCGAAUAUGUAUCAAUGCCUUUUAGUUUUUCCAAUGAUUUUUACACUAUAUUCCAGCCACCAAGGCCUUUUUA